AUGAUGAAGAAGAAACCAGGCCAGGGACGCCAAAAGAUUCCAAUUGCCAAAAUAGCCAAGAGAAGUAAUUUACAAGUCACAUUCUGUAAACGUCGUUCAGGGCUCUUCAAGAAGGCUAGUGAGCUCUGCACCGUUUGUGGUGUUGAGAUUGCAAUAGUUGUCUUCUCUCCUGCCAAUAAACCCUUCUCCUUUGGCCACCCUCAUGUUGAGCCCAUCGUUGACCGCUUUCUUUGCACUCCAAAACCUUCCAUAGACUCUGAUUUCACUUCUCAACAACUACUUGUUGAUCAGGCUCAGGGCUACAUGAGUGACAGUAGUGUUCAUGAGCUUAAUAUGGUGUUAACUCAGACUCAAAAACAUUUGGAGUCUGAGAAAAAGCGAGGACAAGAACUUGACGAGAUGAGCAAAGCCGGCCAGGGAUCAUCGAGACGGUGUUGGUGGGAAAACCCAAUUGAUGAAAUGGGACUGCAUGAGAUACAGAUACUGAAGGCUGCAAUGAAGGAGGUCAAGAAGAAUGUGAUUGAACAAGUGAACAAGAUUUUGAAGAUCCAGUCUUGUGCUGCUGUCAAUUCUCAGUACCACUCUUCAGAUGAAUGGUAA